GUCUUGAACGGGGUGGAAUUCGCGUUGACUGUCUUGUCUGUCUUAUUACAUUCACCGUGAGAUUGUGAGAGGUGGGUGGUGAAGUAUCAAUUAUCGAGAAUAUUCUCGAGUAUAUAUCUUUGCAACGGAUUUCUAACUUGUAUCAAUUCGAAGGAGCAUAAUGUGUUACUCAUCGAGGUAAUGGUAAUUGUCAGCCCUUCACGAGUUUCACGGCUCCAACGCGUAGCAUUCGCGGCAUUUUUUGGCUUCAAACUUUCGCCAAAUCUUCAAUAUGGGAAACCAAACACUGUUAUCUCUUGAGAACAGCUCUGGUCCUAUUGGCAAUAUAUUGCUUCCCAAUAAGGUUAUAAUGCUCAUUGUCACAAUUCUCGCAAUAACCACCGCAGCCUGGGUGGUAAGAUUCAUUCAAUACAGAAAUUCAUACAAGGAAUAUGCAUCUGGAAUACCUUGCCCGCCUUUCAGUACUUUGCUAGGCACAUUGAAAUCCAUGGGCGAUCAAUAUGCUCACGCACCAAUGACUGCACAUCCUCAUGGUAUUAUGACCAUGAUAUACGACAAGUACAACUUAAAGGACAUGUUCAUCCUGGACAAUUGGCCAUUCUUUCGUUGGAGACAAAUCAUUAUUUGUGAUCCGAAUCUCGCUGCACAAUGCACGCAAAACCACUCACUCCCAAAAUCAAUUGUCACUGGGCAAUAUGUUGGCCAUAUUACCGGGAAGAGAAGUAUUUUACUUACUGAAGGUUUGGAGUGGAAGAAGAACCGGGCACUGUUUAAUCAAGGGUUUGCUAUUGCUCAUCUGACAACACUUAUGCCCAGUCUUGUCGACGAGGUAGAAAUCUUUCGCGAUGUCUUGGGCAAACUUGCCGACUCGGGAGAAGUCUAUCCAAUUGAAGAAGCGGCUGCAUUCUUGACGAUUGAUAUAAUGGGUCAUGUUGUUCUAGAUAUCAAUUUGAACUCUCAAACGAUGAAGAGUGAACUGGUCGAAUAUUUUCGAAAUUCUAUCUCUUGGACACCAAAAAUUGUUGCGACAAAUCCAUUGGUAAAUCUAAACCCUUUAGGUCCAAUCAUGCGAAAGUAUUACAAAUGGAAAAUGGACGGCUAUAUUAACAAAGUACUGGAUACUCGAUUCGCAGAAAAGGAAGGGAGUGCCACGAAAGGUAAGAAAAAGCCUGUUAUUGAUACUGCUCUCGACGAAUAUAUUCUCCAACAAGAGGAGGACAACGUCGCAUUGGGUGAUCGAGGAUUGGAUCAAACUUUCAAGCAAGUAUCAAUCGAUCAAAUGAAAACGUUUCUAUUCGCUGGCCACGACACUACUUCGAGUACUAUUGCCUACACGUACCAUCUCUUAGGUAAAAAUCCUAAAUGUUUAGCCAAAGCGCGAGAUGAAUUGGAUAGGGUAUUUGGAAAGGACACUUCAAGGACUGGAGAUAUGAUCAAAGAAAACCCGAGUAUAGUAAAUCAGCUACCAUACGUAUAUAGCUGUAUUAAGGAAACCCUUCGGAGGUACCCACCCGCAGAUACAGCGCGACAUGGCGAUGAUCUCGUGCUUGAAUAUGAAGGUCGACAAUACCCUACUAAGGAUUUCAUGGUAAUGGUUUGUGUCCAUACUAUACAUCACCGGGAGGAUCUUUUCCCUUCCCCUUACGAAUUCAUUCCUGAACGAUUCAUGCCUGCACCGGACAACUUCCAAGAAAUCCCAAAGAAUGCUUGGCGACCAUUUGAAAGGGGACCCCGAGAUUGUAUUGGACAAGAACUUGCUCUUCUUGAAAUGAAGAUCGCAAUGGCUAUGACUUUGAGAGAAUUCGACAUUAAUUCCGAUUAUGAGACUUGGGAUCGAAAACUUGGUAGGAAGGAACCUGGUGGUAUUCUCAAUGGUACACGUGGAAUGUUUGGAGAUCGUGCUUACCAAGAAUUGAUUGCAAGUGCUAAACCGUCCGAUGGGAUGCCGGCGAGGAUCAAAAGAAGGGCGCAUAAUUAAUUGGAUUAUUAUGAUUUGCAAGAUCCGAUAAAUAUUAUAUCACAUAAUGUCAUGCGAUUGAGAUGAAGAUUAGAUAACGACAAUUGAAGAUGGAAGUGUCACAUCACGACUCUUUUUUUCAACAUGCGAAAAAUACUCUCCUGUUCUUAUUACGAUUUCCUCGCAAAAUUUUGAUUGGGCGAGAUUUCAUCCUGGCAACACGUUUAAAAAUGUACAAAGGAAGCCUAUCAAAGCAUUCUUUGGAUCUUUACUGUUCAUUCAUCAGUGUAGUGCUGUGAUGAAAUCGAUGUUGGUGUUCCAGACCCAUGAAUCUGUACCGAAGAUGUCGUUGAGGUGUUCCGACCUCGCUAGACCGCGCUAGAUCCCUGCUCAAACCCCCCCUUGUCUCAACUUCGUCUCAAAGCCUUAGCUUCAGACGGAGACUAAAAUUAGAUAAGCGAUCUCGGAAUGCAAGGAUUUCGGGAUGCAGGGGUUUCGGAAAUUUUCAAUCAAAUUUAUUUAAAGCUUACGAUCUAUCUGGUAGCUUGUUUCCCCAGAUUUCAUUGAGUGGACCGUAUGUUUUGCAGAACUGCCAAAUUAAGUGACCUACCCGAAGAUUUCCGACAAGGGGUCCUACAACGGGUACAGUGACGUUCUAUAGUAAGCUUAUAGUAGAGGCACAAGACGUUUAGAAUAGUGAAAAGUGAGACUGAAGUGCUUCAUCUGAUGUCUGGAAUUCUUCAGAAAUUAUAAUAUCGUUCGGUUUUUUGAUGCGAAGGGUGGUAAGUA